AUGUAUUCUAUCAAACAAUAUUUGAUAGUAGUAGUCUUUGGUCUUGCCCUCUUGAUGGCGGGACAUGUCAACUCUGAGACAACUACAUCCAACUCGACACAAUGUAUCGCCGAUGUUGAAAAGAUGCAAAUGUUCUCAGACUUCCUCAAUGAUGUUCAAAUGUUCACUUAUAGUGGACGUGGAGUUAAUGACCUUGGUAAUAUUGAUGGUUGUUUGAUGUUACCAUCGAAUGUAUCACACUUUUGUAUGUUCCAAUCAAACAUUGACAUACCAGGCUCAUUCAGUAUGACUUCGGCAUUGAUGUAUACCAUUGGUCUGUGUCUACCUCCAAGCUGCAAGACCACCGAUGAGAUUAUUGCCGCCAUUCAACAACUGCAACAAUCUGCUGCUGUAUUGGUGCCCGUUGGAAACAUCACCAACAGUCAUUGCUAUGACAAUGUCGAGGAUGAGACCUACAAGUACUGGACCACCGGAGCAAUCGUUAUGCUAUGUGUCUGUGUGUUCUUUGCCUUCAUGGUCACCAUUGGAACAUUGAUGGAGGCCUACUUUGACUAUGAUAUGAAGAGAAAGAGACACAUGGUCAUGGACCAAUUUGAUGAGCUUCAGCAAGGUCUGUUGGAUGACGAACCUAAUCGUGCCUAUGACGAUGAUCAUCGACCUACCCCAUCAAUGGCAUGUCGUGUAUUCCUUGCUUUCUCUUUGAUCACCAACUACAAAUCAUUCUUUGGUGGCGCAUCGUCCAAGUCCUACUUCCACCCAUUGGACGGUAUUAGAACAAUGUCAACGUGUUGGGUCAUCCUAGGCCACUCGAUAAUCUUCACCAUGUUCCCUGGUCUGGACAAUCUCCAAUAUGUCUGGUCGAUCGCUCGUGAGAAGUUAUCAUUCCAAGUGUUUGUGGCUGGUGAGUUUGCCGUUGACGUCUUCUUCUUGCUCAGUGGCUUCCUCGUAGCCCAUGCCGUGCUCUCGCAGUUUGAUCGAAUGGACAAUCAUGGCGAGCGCAUUGGACCAAUGUUCUGGCUAAAGUAUCUCCUUCAUCGCUUCCUCCGUCUGUCACCAUUGAUGUACUUCCUCCUGUUCUUCUUCUGGAAUCUAACUCCAAUGAUGGGAAGCGGUCCACUCUGGUACCAGAUGAUUCAAACACCAAACACCUGCGACAAGUACUGGUGGACCAACCUGCUCUACAUCAACAAUGUCUACCCCACCAACAUGACCGAAGAGUGCUUUGGUUGGGGCUGGUAUCUGGCCAACGACAUGCAGUUCUUCAUCCUGGCUCCAUUCGUCUUCCUUGCCUUCCGCCAAUCUCGCAUGCUUGGAUGGUCAUCGAUCAUUCUUCUCCUGGCCGCCUGCUUCACGUCCAACAUCUGGGUGUCCCUCAAGUAUAGCAUCCCUACAUUCUUUGAGUUUGGCCAGUUCGUCCCAACCGAUUGGUACCAAGACCUGUACCAAAAGCCAUGGUACCGAAUGGGACCCUAUGUGGUGGGCAUCGCCGCGGCAUAUCUCCACAUCAACUCCACCGUCAAGCACCUGUACAAGAGAUUCUGGAUCAGAUGGACCAUCUAUCUCUUGGCCUUUGGCAUCACAUUCUUCUUCACAUACAUACCCUACACCAACUAUCAUGGCAAGUCAUGGAACAUGACAGAGAACGCACUGUUCAAUGGAUUCGCUCAUACCAUGUUCCCAGUGGGCGUCACAAUGUUCAUGUUGGCCACCUUCUAUGGACAUGGAGGCAUUGUGCGUGAGUUCCUUCAGCUACCCUUGUUCCGAUACCUUUCAAAGUUGACCUACUCUGCAUACUUGAUACAUCCAAUCGUGAUCUUCACCGCUCAGCUAUCAUUCUACAACUAUGCUCACUAUGCAGUCUAUCCAUUUACCUGGCUGUUCACUGCCAAUCUCGUCAUCUCAUUCGCAUGUGCAUUCAUCGUUCAUCUUACCAUCGAGAAGCCAUUCGUGAACCUAGAGCGACUCUUAUUCGCAGAGUCUCAUCGAUCAGACAAGCUUGUACAAUAA